UAUUGUUUCCCUUAUUUUUUCCCUCUACUUAUCUUAAAAGUUUUUUUUUCUAUCACGGUUGCCCACGUAUUAUUGUUGAUAUGACUACUACUGAGAGACUUAAGACCUUUACUGUUGAGACAUCUGCUAUUAGUACUUCCAACGGGAAUGUAGCACCUGUUUCUCCCACUUUUAUGUUUGAUCAGUAUACAGUACCUACUGGCACAAUUGCAUUACCGGCAAUGCUGGGUAUGAUCUCUCAGAAGGUUACGACACAGUUGUUGAAUGACAGUAAUUUUGCUGAGUGGUCACAUCCAUUCCAACUUUUCUUGGGCUGUGUAGAAAAGUUUGGACAGGGAGUUCGUGUUUAUGAACUUUCUCAGGAGCUCUCAUAUACUCGCCAGAGAGAUAUAACGAUUCAGGAUUAUUAUGGCUAUUUGACUCAGCGCUGGCUUAAGUACGAGACUCUACGUCCUCUUGCUGUUAUUCCGAGGAUAGAGCCCAAGGGAGCGACAUUCCUGCAUACUCGAGAGCAAGAGAAUAGGAUUCACAAGUUCCAUAUGGGGCUUUGUGAUGAGUUUGAGGGACCUUAUUUACAGAUCUUGUUGAUGAUGAGACUUCCGUUUCUUUAUGAGGUGUAUGUGAUGAUUGAGCAGCAUGAUCGCCGCGUCCGUAUUGCACCAAUUCCAGUUGCGACCUUAAACUCCUCCGGCCGACCUGAUAACUCUUGCAGCUGCUGUAGGGUCUCGUUCAGGAUCCUCAGCCAGAGGUGGACAGCGCUCGAACCAACAGCUGCUUGCUGGAAGCUCUAUCCAGAGCUUAAGCAACCUCCUCACGGCUGUACUGCUGCAAUAGCUGAGAUACCACCACCUACUGCCGCUGCUUCUACUACAGCUUCUUGGCAGAGUGAAAUUAAUGUUAUUACUUUCCAAUUGGAUAUACUUAUAUAUGCCCUGACUUCUCAGGGUCCGACUAUUGCUACUGCCACCACUACAAAUAUACCUCGUGUCUUUCAUGUUUGCGUCAGUCCGUCUCCCCUUUCGAUACUGGGCUCAGGUGUGAAUGGUCACAUGAUAGGUGAGCCUCAUCACUUCACCACUUUUAACGAGCAGUUACGUACACAGAUUCAACUAGUAGAUGUGACACAUGCCCUUAUUGACCUCAAUACCAGGAGGAUUAUUAUCAGGGGACAUGAGAGAGAUGAACUAUAUUAUCUAGGCGAUCCACCUCUAGUUUCACCAGUUCCUUCACCUCCAUCACUUGCUUUUCCUGUGUCUGCCCCUCUAGUUGAUGAUACUCCCUUUGAUUUUUCGGUACCACAGGAGCCAGAGCCAUUGGUCACUAUCACUACAAAAUCAUCAGUCUCUCCUUUAGAGCCACUCAUCCCUGUCAGUACAGAAUCACCAGUUUCUCUUCCUUCACCGGUUUAUGUUCGUCGUCCUCGCUCUAAUCCACUUGCUGAUGUCCUCUCCACCUCAUGCGAUGCAAGUAAUACUUCUCAGUUCAUUGAGAAUAUUAAUACACCUAUUGUUAGUACUGAUGAGAUUGUAGGUACUGAGCUAGUUACUUUCCCUAAUGAGACAUUGUCAGUGGAGGAGGAUGAUUUAGAGCGUCGUUAUCUACAACGUGAUCGCCGUCCAAUUGUUCGUUAUGAUAAGUCAGUUCCUCGCUUUGUUUUAGAAGCUAUGUGGGAGCCCCAGUGGGUUCUUGCCAUGCAAACAGAGAUAAAUGCUCUUCAGCGUAAUCAUACAUGGAAUCUUGUCUCUUUACCUUCAAGGGUGAAGCCUGUUGGAUGUCAUUAA